AUGCCUCUCGAAGCAGUGAUGAUCAUUGCUGACAACAGCGAGAGCUCCCGCAAUGGCGACUACCAGCCCACCCGCUUCGACGCCCAGGCCGACUCCAUCAACAUCCUCUUCGACUCCAUCACACAGGGCAACCCGGAAUCCUCGGUAGGCCUGAUGAGUAUGGGCGGCAAGGGCCCGGAGGUCCUGUCGACCCUGACUACGGAGCGCGGAAAGCUGCUAGACGGCCUGCACCGCACCAAGAAGAAGAUCUCGGGGACCUCACAUCUUGCCACCGGCAUCCAGAUCGCUAGUCUGGCCCUGAAGCACCGACAGAACAAGUCCCAACGUCAACGAAUCAUCGUCUUCGUCUGCUCCGACGUGACCGACGACGAGAAGAAGCUGGUGUCCCUUGCCAAGAAGAUGAAGAAGAGCACAAUCGAUAUCGACUUCGUACUAUUCGGCGACCUGGACGACGAUGAAGUCCACAAGAAGCUCGAGGCAUUCAACAAUGUCGUCAAGGGCAACGACAACUCACAUCUGGUCGUCAUACCGCCCAGCGGCAAGCUGCUGAGUGACCAGCUGAUAGCCUCCCCCAUCAUGAUGGGUGCGAAUGCCGGCGCCGGCGCUGGUGCCGGCGGCGAAGGUAUGGAGGGUGGUGGCGGAGGCGGCGACUUUGGCGGUUUCGACUUUGACCCGAGUGCCGAUCCCGAGCUGGCACUGGCCCUGCGCAUGAGUAUGGAGGAGGAGAACGCACGGCAGGCACGGCAGGCACAGUCGGAACAAGAAUCAUCCAACAAGACCAACCUGGAGGGCAUCCAAGAGGAGGGCGAGAACCAGCCCCUGCUGAAUGACCAGGGCGAGCCCAGCGGAAGCGGGUCGUCCAAGAAGGACAGCAAGAAGGACGAUGACACGAUGGACACCUCAUAG